CUAUAUGUCGAUGUGCUCCACGUGGUUAUACAUUAUAUAGUUUAUAAAUCUUUCUAUUCCAGAUUUUUAUUUAAAAAUUGGAACGUAAAUAAAAAUGUAUCUGGAAAAUGGGUUAUAAUGGCUGUAGUUAUGCUAUGACAACCAGAUAGCUAUUAAUAAGCAAAAAAUGUAUAAAUUUAUAUUUUCUUCUGGGCGUGAAUAUUAAUAUCGUGUAAAACAGAAGAAAGAUUAUUUAAAAAAUGGAUGAGACUUUUGUGCUAUGGAUGCUUUCUUUUGUUAUGUUGAUUGGCUCGUAUUUGGCUGGAUCUAUACCAUUAAUUAUGAAUUUAUCUGAGGAUAAAUUACAGCUCGUCUCAGUCUUAGGUGCUGGACUUCUUGUUGGAACUGCUUUGGCUGUAAUUAUUCCAGAGGGGAUAAGAGUACUUUUGACGUCUUCUGCCAAUAGUGAAUUGCAAGGUUCGCACGCAGACCUGCAUAGUUUAAUUGGUGUGAGUUUGAUACUGGGAUUUGUAUUCAUGCUUUUGGUGGAUCAGUGUUCAGCUCAUAAAACUGGAGGAAAAGAGCGUAGUUUUACUGCUACUCUAGGAUUGGUUGUACAUGCAGCAGCUGAUGGAGUAGCUUUAGGUGCUGCUGCGACGACAUCACAAGCAGAUAUUGAAGUUGUCGUUUUCUUUGCGAUUAUGUUACACAAGGCACCUGCUGCUUUCGGGCUCGUUUCUUUUCUUUUACAUGAAGGUGUGGAUAGAAAAAAGAUAAGUCGUCAUUUAUUCAUAUUCUCUUUGGCGGCACCUAUUUUAACAAUCGUUACAUAUUUUGGAAUUGGAAAGGAAGGCAAGGAAACCCUCAGCAGUGUGAACGCUACUGGAUUGGCUAUGUUAUUUAGUGCGGGUACGUUUCUGUAUGUUGCUACCGUACACGUUCUGCCGGAACUAAUGGCGAGAAGCAAUGACUCCUUUACUUAUUUACCAAGUGUAGAAGGAACACUGCCACCUACAUCCAAUAUGAAAAUGCUCCAUAUUGUAGUAUUAGUAGUGGGAUCAUUUUUGCCUGCUUUAAUGACGACUGGUCAUCAUCAUUGAUAACAUUUGUGGGCGUAUUUGAUAAAACUAUGCGAUUAUUUACAAGGCUGUUAAAAAUGUUAAUAAAAAAAUAAUAAUACUCGGAGUAAAA